AUGGCGGCGGCGGCCGCCGCGGCUCCGGCUGUGAAGAUCAGGGUCAGUGGGGAGGUGCGACCCCUGCUGGCCAUCGGCGGCUACAGCGAGGACAGGUCCUUGUGUCUCCUGGGACCCUCGCCUCCUCCUUUGCCCGAGUUCUCGAUUCCCCCCGCCCCCUCCUACUUGGACGUGGGCAUGGUACAGGAACCCGACACGGGGCUCCUCCCACCCCCAUGCAAGCCGGCGAGCCCCAGGUGCAAAAAGUUCCUGGAUCGCCUCCAAUUAGCCAACCGCAGUCGCCUCAACAUGCUACUCUUGGGCACCGAGGGUCUCUCCGGGUGGUGUUUGCAGGGGCGUGGCCACUACCAGGCGGGCCCUGGAGGGCUGGAACACCUUUUGCUCCUCUUCCUUACCCCGCCCUUCAGGCUUGCUUCCUGUGAGAAUGAUGUCCCCUGCAGCCCCGCGUGGCUCCCUGUCCUAGAGAGGAGGCUCUGCGCACUUGGCUGCACUACCGCCGGGCAGGUGGGCCAGGCACAGAGGCACGGGUGGGCGGUGAGACUUGCUCUUUCAGCGCUCUGGCUGCGUCCGACGGCCACGCUCUGGGCACCAGGGCUACUCCCACUUCAACACAACCCCGCCCCUUUUCCCCAGAAAUUCGCUAACGGGGCCGACCUUUGCCUCUCGGUGUUGGGUUACGACCCUCCGAUGGCACCUCCCGGUUCCCAGCGAUGUCUCAAGUUCUCCAGUCCGGCGUCGUCCCGGCACAGACAACUGAAGGUGCGGGGAAGCAGCCUCGGGAGCUCCCGCCGCCGCCGCGCUCCAGCCUGGAUCUUGGACCCCGCGGGCAGCGGCAGCGGCAGCGGCAGCGGCCACUAGGGGGCGCCCGGCGUCCGCUCCACGAGCCCGGACAUC